CACACGUUUUGGCUCAGUUCGGAUUGAAGCGCUUGUAAACGCGCACGCGGUUUUUGCUCCUUCCCGAAAGGAAGAAGCUCCGAACGGUUGUUGGCGAAUUGUUCGUUCCGUCUGUGGUUCGGGGUGGGAGCGAGUGUUGGUUUUUCCGAUUUUUCCGACCCCGUGUUGUUUUUUUUAAACAGCCGUUCAAAUAUACCUGUGUCGUUAAUUUGUGUGGUUUUUUUUUUUUGUUGUGUGAUGUAAAAGCAUGUAUCUUAAUUAAACUUUAGCUUGUCGCAAGCGUGUGAGCGUGUGUUUGUUUGUGUGUGAGUUAAUUUGGUUCGUGAUGAGCGUAUAAAACCCCGGCACCCAACGUGCAACGUUCCACCGAAACCAUGAACUAUCUAAACAAUCUGAACGUCUUCAAACGGCGUCGUAACAUCUCGUCCACCGACUCGUCCUCGGCCGUCUCGUCACCGGCCAGCCCGGCGGCGACCGUCGAUGCUGCGGCCGGCCCAUCCAGUGCCACUCCCCAGCGCAAGAAGAAAAGGAAGAGCAAGCGUAAGCGCACGAUUUCCGUUGUUCCCAUCAGCGAGGUGACGGAGGCAUCGCUGGAGCUAUGGCGCACGCUACCGCCCAAGAUCCGGCACGAUCCGAGCAUGGUGUCCUUCCAGCAGGUCGAGCUGGAGCAUGCCCGGCUGAACGGCGAUUGUCAUGAGGAUUCGUUUCCGGAAAUUCAAGGACUGGAAGAGGACGGCGGGGAAGAGUACGAGGAUGAGGAGGAGGAGGAGGAGGACGAAGAGUACGAGAAUGAGUUCAUCACCAUCAACGUCACGAAUGAGGAGGGUCAAAAUAAGGAAAUAGGUCAUGUGAAGGAGAAGAAAGAUAUACCGAAGCCGCACGUCCAUCAUCUGGCUGGGCAUUACAUCGGCAACAUUACACCGCCGAAGCACGACGAUAUCAACGACACCGGUCAGAAUCAUGUGGACGAGGACCAUCCGUUUCGGAAGUACUCGAAAAUUAUCUGCCUUUUCAUCACGUGGCUGCUGAUAAUGUCGUUCAUGGUGGUGAAGGAUGAGAAGCUGGUCGAGCCGAAGCACCUAUCGAUUUCACCCGGCAAGACGAAGGCAUACAUCCUACCCCAUCUGCCGCAGAGCACGCGGAUUAAGGUGACGCUCGAGGGUACGUUCCUGAGCGAACCGUACAGCAACAUUACGGAGCACUAUCUGGAGGUGUACCUUCAGAUGCUUUCGUCCACGCUGGAGACGAACUCGACCGAUAUGUACUCAACCAGCUCAGCUAAGAACAUCAGCGAGUCCUGGUACAUCCCGAUCGUACAUCCGUAUCUGUUCGAUAGUGCACCGAUCGUGAAGGAGCAACGUCUGUUCGACAUCAUCGACACAAACUACGAGCAACUGCACCAAACCAACGGUGGCUUGGUGCGAUUGAUGAUCCGCAGCAACAUUCAGGCCAGCAUGCCCGUUGCGAUCCGGUACGAUCAAUCGCCCGUGAAUCGUGACGUCGGUGUGAUCUACGCUGCGUUCGUACUCAUCUUCCUGUACGUGUUGAUCAUCUGGGAGAUUGUGCACCGGACGUUUGCGGCCGUAAUUGCCUCCACGCUAGCCAUAUCAAUCCUGGCGGCGCUGAACGAUCGUCCCACGAUGGAGGACAUUAUCGGGUGGAUUGAUGUGGAAACGAUUCUGCUACUCUUCUCGAUGAUGAUCCUGGUGGCGAUCCUCGCCGAGACAGGAAUAUUUGAUUAUCUAUCGGUGUACAUCUAUAAGAUUACGAACGGCAAGAUAUGGAGUCUUAUACACUGCCUGUGUCUGUGUACGGUGUUGAUCUCUUCGUUUUUGGACAAUGUAACAACCGUACUUUUAAUGGCGCCCAUUACAAUUCGGCUGUGCGAAGUAAUGGACAUGAAUCCGGUGCCGAUUUUAAUGGCGAUCACUGUACAUGCCAACAUUGGCGGCACGACAACACCCGUUGGCGAUCCACCGAACAUCAUCAUUACCUCGAACCAGUACAUACUGAAACACGGAGUCACUUUCCUUACCUUUACCGCACACAUGCUGGUCGGCGUCAUUAUCGUCGUCAUCACCACCAACAUCCAUCUGCGUAUCAUCUACAAAAACAUUAACCACCUGCGCAUGCACGAGCCGAAGGAACUGAAGGAGCUGCGGCGCAACAUUAAGGUGUGGGAGCGUGCGGCCGGCAAGAUCCCACCCUACUCCAAGGAUGCCAACAUAGUGCGUGAAACGCUCAUGAAGAAGGUGAAGUUGUUGCGCCACCAGUACAAGAAAAAGAUGACAAAGGGUACCGUACCGGAGGAUAUCUAUCGGUCCACGCUCGAGGAACUCCAGCGCGAGCAUCCGAUCAAGAAUCGUUCACUACUGAUCAAGUCCGGCAUCGUGUGCGUGUUUAUUGUGUCGCUGUUUUUCCUCGAGUCAAUUCCGGAACUGCGACGCCUCUCGUCUGGCUGGGCAGCCCUGCUCGGGGUCGUACUGCUGCUCAUCAUAUCCGACAAGAACGAUAUGGAUGCGGUCCUGUCGCGGGUGGAGUGGCCAACGCUACUGUUCUUUGCCGCCAUGUUUACGCUGAUGGAAGCGGUCGAACGGAUGGGGUUGAUCGAUUGGAUUGGACAUGCGACGGAAACGAUCAUUCUAUCCGUGUCGGAAGAUCUUCGACUAGCGGUGGCGAUCAUCAUCAUACUGUGGAUCUCGGCCCUAACGUCCGCGUUCGUGGACAGCAUUCCCGUGACGGCUAUGAUGGUGAAGAUAGUGGUUGCGUUGUCCGAGAAGGCGUACCUUGGAUUGCCACUGCAACCGAUGGUAUGGGCGCUGGCAUUCGGUCCGUGUCUCGGGGGCAACGGUACGCUGGUGGGUGCAUCCGCGAACGUUAUCUGCGCUGGCAUUGCGGAACAACAUGGCUAUCGAUUCAGCUUUAUGGAUUACUUCAAACUCGGAUUCCCGAUCAUGCUGGUCAGUGUGCUGGUCACCACCGGGUACCUGAUAAUGGCCCACGUCGUCUUCGCCUGGCACUAGGUCCGGAACGGAUCUAGACACUUUCUAGCUCAUAAGGAUUUUCCUCCCGAAUCAGCGAUCGAUGCAACCGAUCCAUGGGUUACCGUGUUACUACUUCAGUCCAGUUUUCGCAGUCUAACUGUUGUGUCUUGAACUUCUUUUCUGAUAGAAAGAAAGCAAACAAAACCAAGCCAAAUCUUACAUCGGCACGAUCGGUUUCUUGAUCGUGUGAUUUUAAUAGUGAAAGUGAAAAAAAAAAUCGACGGUGAAGAAUUACGUGUUCAUAACCGAGAGAUUUAAUUGCAAUUUCGAAAUCUAACCUUAACAUUGGAACGAGUUACACGGCGCGAGAAAUUGUUUGGAGGAUCUAUUUUCGUUUUCUGUUGUUGAUCCUGUUGAUAAGAACACAGUUUUAGACGCAAAUAAACGACACAGAAAGAGACGAUGAGAGUUGAGAGCGCGGUGGUGUGGAUAUUUUUAA